UUUAAACUGUUAAAAAUGUCAAAUAUAGCUACCAGCUUGGAAUCAAAUGGAUGAUAAGACGCAGACAUAAUGUACAUAUAAUUAUUGAAAAACAGCAUUAGUUUUUUUAAAGCAUAUACCUGAUAUGACUUAAAAGUAUGCCGUGUUGUUAAUAUAUAGCUUAAUUGAGUAAGAGGCAGAGUAGAACACAAAGGCUUAUUAUUGCGAAAGAAAGAACGGGUGCGCGCACACGCGCAAGUUCCAUCAUCCUUCACCUUUUGUGAAAUUCCUUUCGUCAAUGUGCGACCAUCCGUCAGUGUUAAUACGCUUUAGCAUCCUUCAGACAAGGUCGUGCACUUUUGCCUGUCAUCAUGAAAACAAUCAAACUGAAGGGUGGAUGAAACGUGGAAACAGCUAUUCUUCCCAAGCUCCUAGUGUCGACGGAGAUCAGACGUGGACACAACUUCAGAUCUUUUGUUCACAGUUUGAAUGGAUAGUUAGCACGUGUUCAUUGUAGUGGGUGAUAUCAGGCGCGCGACAAAAAAAAAACGACAGCGAGCUAAGCGUAUGACCCGUGCGGCUUUCCUUAAGUGCGCGUGAAGGUUUUGCCAAUAGCACACGAGACGAGCUCGCGCCAGACGCGCGAAAAUGAAUUCCACGGUUAGCGAGGAUCAGCGCUGAUUUCUUCACGAUGACUGAUGUAUCUUCUGGGAUUCAUGAAUAAAACGACAAAACGUCGCAAAUGACUAUUAACGACGCUCGAAAUAACGUUUGCUACGGAACAGUAUGUUAAAAUCGGACAUUAGGCACGCUCCGAGGUCUCGUGAAGUCUUAAGCGCUUACAAGACGGAGGCAGCGGCGAGUCCGACAGCUGGCGACUCCAACGGCGAUUAAAAUACGGGGAUCUUUCGUCGUUUGACCAGAGCAUCCUUCUCCUUAAAAUAAUCAUCACAGACUCGCAAAGCGAGUCUGUGAGCUGUGCAGUGUGGGACGCUGUCUGCCCCGUUGUCAUCAGACGUCAUGAGCUGGAGCUUCCUAACGCGUCUGCUGGAGGAGAUCCAGCACCACUCCACAUCGGUGGGGAAACUCUGGCUCACCACGCUAGUUGUCUUCCGCAUCGUACUGACUGCGGUGGGCGGCGAGUCCAUCUACUACGAUGAGCAGAGCAAGUUCGUCUGCAACUCGGGCCAGCCGGGGUGCGAGAACGUCUGCUACGAUGCCUUCGCGCCACUUUCGCACGUGCGAUUCUGGGUCUUCCAGAUCAUUCUGUCUGCCUUGCCCUCUCUGCUCUACAUGGGCUACGCAGCCAAUAAGAUCUCCCACAUCGAGGACUCGCGGGGUGCUGCAGGGGCACCAGUGGCAGAUGGGACAUCUGGUGGAUACACGCAGAGGAGACCGAGAAAGAUGUAUUUUGGGGCACGGCAGCACCGGGCGGGACAUGAGGACGGGGAGGAGGAACGAGAGGAUGACCCCAUGAUCUAUGAAGUGCCUGAGAUUGACAGCUCACGGAGAGAGCUGGUUCCACCUAGACCCAAGCCGAAGGUACGCCAUGACGGACGGCGGCGUAUCCGUGAUGACGGGCUAAUGCGAGUGUACGUGCUUCAGCUGCUGACUCGGUCUGCGCUGGAGGCGGGCUUUCUGGCAGGACAGUACCUGUUGUACGGCUUCCGCGUGGAACCCGUUUUCGUGUGCUCGGAUAAGCCCUGCCCACACCACGUGGACUGCUUCAUCUCCCGCCCCACCGAAAAGACCAUCUUCCUUCGAAUCAUGUACGGUGUCAGUUGCCUUUGCCUACUACUAAACCUGUGGGAAAUGAUUCAUCUCGGGGUGGGAACCAUCAACGACAUGUUGCGCAAACGAAACGCAUCAGCAGCAGAUGACGAGUACCAAAUGGGUCUGCUGGCAGCAGGGGGUGUGUCUGUUGGAGUAGGCGGGCCAGCGCUAAGCGAAGGAGAACCAGUAGGUGGAGUCGGGGGAGGUGUGGGAGAAGCAGACUACGUUGGUUAUCCCUUCUCCUGGAACGCCCCAUCUGCACCACCAGGCUACAACAUCGUGGUGAAGCCUGAGACCAUGCCAUACACAGACCUGACCAAUGCCAAGAUGGCAUGCAAGCAGAACCGCGCCAACAUCGCCCAGGAAGAACAACAGCAAUACGGUUCCAACGAGGACAACUUUCCAUCGGCGGGUGAGGCCCGGCCACCGCCGAUCAAUAAAGACGCCAUCCAGUUAGAGGCGGCGAUUCAAGCCUAUACCUUGCAGCACCAUGCCAAUAAUAAUAACCACGAUGACCUGAACGACAACCACAACAUCGACGAGAAGCCUCAGAGUAACAUCACCACAGCACCGCAGAAGGAACGAAAACAUCGGCCCAAGCACGGAAAAGCAGGGAGCGCCGGAAGCAGCAGCAGUAGCAAAUCAGGCGAAGGCAAACCUUCUGUUUGGAUCUGAUGCGCAAACGUAUACCUGAACACUGCGCUACGUGUAUUUAAAUUCCUUUUUGAUGUAAACACUCUCAUCCAGUCACACACUUUUUAGACACGAAAUAUUGCGUGUAUCCCACAGCCAACGCACACAAACGGAGAAUAUGCUGUAUAUCUUUUUGAAAUGCUUUAAGUGCCUUAAAGAAACUCUGAGAAUGAGACGGAUUUCUUCCUUAUUCUUGAUCUUCCAAACAUAAUCUCGUGCACUCAAGAUUAUGUCUAGAUUUGGGAACAUCCCAUCCACAAUCCAGAAAAGAUCAUUAAUUUCUGACAUUCAGAACUUUUUAGUGAAAAGAAAGUUGAGAAAGUCUUCCUAUCGGAUCCCUUUUGGAAGCGCGGGGACAUUACAAUCCGAUUCCAAGCCAGCUGUCUUCCUAUUUACAGUAUUAAACUGUAACUUUGUAUCACUAUGCCAAGCUAUAAUCAUGCAAAGAUGUAGGUAAGUGAUGUAAAAAAAUGUAAAAUGCAUUUGACAUGUUAAUGCAUUUGUGGCACUCUGAGGUUUAUAGACAGUUUCGUCUUAACAACAUAAACAAACGGGACUGCGCAUGCGCACUUUUGUGACCCCACCUUAACUUCCGGUACACAUUCACAAGCAAUAGAGUGCCUGUAGAUUAUUUCUGAUAACAAGAAAAAGAAACUGAGAAGAACCGUUACUUGGCUAAACUUGUUUCUCCAAUAUUUUGAAUUUAGACUCCGAUACCAAGCUCAACCACUAGAUGUCAAUAUACCAUACGGUUUCUUUAAAUGCGUCAAAACUCCUGGACCCAUUCAACAAAUUGUUUAUUUAAUACAAUUAUUAUACAAUAAAAUAAUAAAAUAAAUUAAUAUUAACAUUAACAUAAAUUAAAUAAAUAAAUAUAAAUAGUUAUAUUAUUAGACACUAUAGCCAAACGCAAACCGGAAGUUAACUGGGGGUCAGGAAUGCGCGCGUCCGAUGAAACGGUCUAUAAGACCCCACAAAACUGAACAAUUUGUCUUUGAAAUAAACUGAUGUAGGUCUACACAUACACACAUACAAACACAUACAUUACAUAUUUUAUUUUUACCCAUUUGUACUGUAGCUGUAAAGGGCAUUUGUGGACAGUAAAUCAUCAAUCUACUUCCUUUCAGAUCCUCAUUUUCAGAUCCCGUUUUUUCUAGUAUCGGCUAGCCAGUCUCAUAAAGGAACAGUUCACCAAAAAAAUCUGUCAUCAUUUACUCACCUUUGAGUUGUUUCAAAUCUGUUUUAUUUUUUGUUCUGUGAACACAAAAGAAGAUAUUUUGAAGAAUGUAGGACAGCAAACAGUUCUGGGUCACUUUUGACUACCAUUGUCAUUUUUUCUUUCUUCCAAAUAUCUUUCUCUGUAUUAAUCAGAAAAGAGUGAGUAAUUCAUGACAGAAUUUUCAUUUUUAGGUGAACUAUUCCUUUAAUAUACUCAGUUUAAGGAUCAAAAUCUUAUUUUAUUGCAAUACUAUCCCCUGCUGGCUAAAUAAAUAAUUGCAGCCUACGCAGCUGCAAUGUUAUCAACCCUUUAAGUACACAUGAAACAAUGUAGAUGCGUAUACAAAUAUUCAAAUUGACUUAAAAAAAAUCUCUUAGUAAUGUUGCAAUUGUUUUAGAAUUUUUAUGACAACAUUCUUUCACUAUAAACACACUUGAAUCUAGCUAAUCCAUGUAGCAGGUCUAACUUGGAUGCUGAGCUCCAAUCUGAGGUCGAGUGUUAAACGGUGCAGCAGGACUGACAAAAUCCAGACACCAUGUCAUGCAAUGUAGAUAUUUACCUAAUGAUACAUAAAUAUACACAUGACGAGUCUUCCGGUUUCUCUCUUACUGCCACAUUCCAACUCGUGAGACAUUUGCCUUUAUGUGGGAUGUUUCAAUAGUGACGAUUGCCAUAGGAGACCAAAUACUGUUUUUCACAAUAAAGACUUCAUGCAUCUAUGCAGUCAUGCCGACUGAGGAAAACACGCCAUAAAACACAACUGCGUGUGCCUACGUGUGCGUUCGCUUGAGGAUGAGGUGGAGGAGAUUUUGCAUGAAUGCAUGCGAGUAAUGUUCGAUUAGUGAAUUGGAAAGAAAAAAGAUGAACCCUUUACAUAUCACUAAUUCAGCAAUACUUAUGUAUGCUGAAGAUUGUGGCAUUAUUCACGGUUACUAUAAGUGAGACUUGACUUGUUUGUAUUUCUAAAUGUUGAAUUGUUUUUUUUAAAACAUGGAAUUCUCUUUAAUAAUGGCCAUAUAAUUUAAAUAAAUUAGGUUUUGUAAGAUUUUAUAUGAUUUCAUUGCCUUUCAUUGUAAAAUAAAAAUAAGUAAAUACAAUUUGAUGUACAGUAUGUAGUUAUGGUUACCCUUACAAAUACGCUUUUUAAUGUUUUUAGUGAAUUGUGCUCCUACAGUAUGUUCCUUAAGUCAAUAUGGAUUGUUCCCCUUGUCUUUUUUAUUACAGUUGGUUUCUUGAGAUGAGACCCUUAGGAUUUUGCAUGCGAGGGAAAUUAAGAAUGUUUAUGAAAAGGGGAAUUUCCCUGAAACUCCUUCCAGUGAAAAACUCUAAAUAGCAACAAAAAUGAUUCUGCAGAGUUAAACUUUGUGGGUGUUACAGUUUUCAGCAGCUGUAUUUCAAGAGCUCCAGAUGGAGUGGGCGUACGAUACCCCUCUGCCUCACAUCUGAGCACCACUUCGUGUGAGUGUGUUUGUUUACAUUCGUGUUGAUGUGUGUUCGAGUUUGUGUGGAGACUGGGUUAAGCGAGGCAAUUUUUUUCAAUCGAGAGCCUUAAAAACCCUCUCGCUAGGCUACCUGUGUCAGCAGUCUGAGAAAGAUACUGAAGUAUGUGAAGCUACUUCACUUCUGACUGUGCUUUUUUCGACACUUUGCUUUCGAAGCAAAUCUUUGCAGCAGGGUCACAAUAAGGUCUGAUGCCAAUUUGGGUUCAGACAUGCUUGUGAGCAUGGAACUGUGUUUCUAUUUAUUGUACGUCCCUGGUUAUGGCUGGGAUAUUUCAUACCGUUAUCUAUCUGUAAGACAUUCGUCCUGACUGCUGUGUGUUUCGAUACGUGUUGUCGCUGUGUUUGAAAAUGAAACUGAAAAAAGAUUUCAAUGUGCCAUGCUGGAUUGUCCAGAGAUGUACAAUUAUUUACAAUUUUGGAAACCCUUCUUUGGAUUUGAAAAUGCAUGUGAGCUAUUUUGUUAAUAAAAAAAUUAAAUGUGAACUAUUGUGUGUUUGAAAAGUGUUUCGAAGCGCUUUUUUCUGUUUAUCCUUAACUUUGAUGGAUGAUGUGUUUGUGUGAAGGAACGUG